AUGAUAUUUGGGGCACUGCCUAGUGUGUUGCAGGCUGGCAAAGGUCUAGCACCCUUUGUUGUCAGCCUGAUCGUCUUGGCUGUUGGAGCAGGCUUGUUUAAACCAAACGUCGCGCCUGCUAUCCUUGACCAGUAUACACACCAGAAACCUUAUACCAAAGUUCUAAAGUCAGGAGAAAAAGUCAUUGUCGAUCCCGAAGCCACAGUACAACGUUUGAUGCUCGUAUUUUACGCGCUGGUCAACAUUGGAGCCUUUUUCGCCCUCGCAACAACCUACGCUGAGAAACGAAUCGGCUACUGGCUGGCAUACCUUCUACCAACCAUCAUUUUCAUGUUCCUUCCCCUGCUGCUGCUCUACCUGUACACGCGGGUCGUCAAAGUACCACCAAGCGGACCUGAACUUACAAGGGUCGUCCGCAUCUGUACACUGGCAGUAAGGGAGAACCGGGGCAAGUUUUGGAAGAGUGACUUCUGGGAUUCAGUAAAACCAGCCCGGCUCAGCGAAAGAGACAUAACGACAUUCCGCGGCAAGCCCAUCGACUGGACCGACAGGUUUGUUGACGAUGUCAUUCGUACGCUUGGCGCGUGCAAGAUCUUCUUAUACUUCCCCAUCUAUAAUUUGAGCGACAGCGGCAUUGGAAGCGUCUUAACGAACCAAGGCUCGACGAUGCUAACGAACGGCGCGCCGAAUGACAUUCUCAUCAACUUCAACCCCCUCGCCAUCGUCAUCACCAUCCCAAUCCUGACCUACGUUAUCUACCCGCUCCUGCGCAAGCGCAACAUCAAAUUCGGCCGCAUAACGCGUAUCACGCUGGGCUUCAUACUCGCGAGCAUCAGCAGCGCCCUCGGUGCCGUCCUGCAGUACUACGUCUACGAGACGAACCCAUGCAAGUACGCAGCGACGCGGUGCGCCAACGACGGCGCGGGCGUGUCGCCCAUCAGUAUUUGGAUGCAGAUCCCGGUCGUGGUGCUCGGCGCGCUGUCAGAGUGCUUCUGCAACGUGACCGGCUACGAAAUCGCGUACGCACGAAGCCCGCACAACAUGAAAGCGCUGGCCGUGGCGCUGUUCCUGGCGACGCACGCGCUGUCGUCGGCGGCGGGGGAGGUGCUCUCGCCCGUCAUCAAAGAUCCCUACCUCAUCUGGAUCUGGGCCGGGCCAUCCAUCGCGCUCGCGCUGCAGACAGUCGUGUUCUGGUUCAAGUAUCGGCGUAUGGACAAUGAUGAGUUCAUGACGUAUAAUGAAUGAGAAGGAGGAGUUAGGUUUAGGUGAGGUGGGGGUUAGGGUGGUAACGCCGGGCCCACUGGCAAAAGAGG